AUGGUUGAAAGAAAAAUAUGUUAUCGAAUAUCGAUACCGUAUACCGUGCAGCAGGCACGCCCAUUACUACUUUGACAGAUUGCAGAAUGAUGUCAAGGUGACAAUCCUUAUGUGUUUUUGUCUGAAAUAGGCAAGUAGGAUUUGUGUAUUCAUUUUUAUUUUUAUAGCGUUUCCAGAAUUUCAUAUUUCGAAACGAUGUCAAGGGCCGGCAGGGGAAAAUCUUUCUCUAUCGUCGCCAUCCCUAUAUUGUAUCCCCACCAGUCACCAGUCAAAAACCUUAACCACCAAUAUUUAAUCACAAUUUAUAAUUCUUUUUAGCUCUUAUUUUUCAGUAAUUGCUAAUAAUUUUAGGUAUAUGUCUACAGUAAUUGCAUUAUGCACUUCGGAGAUGUAGGGAUUAACAUGUUUUACACAUAUCGGUGUUUUAGGAUGGGGACGACCAUACUGUUUUGAUUGCUUUGAAGAAAUUCAUUAACCCAUGAAUUUAUUACAAAUGAUUACUAUUAUGAUGUAAAGAGAGAAGAGGAAUUGGUUGCAAUACAUUUUAUAUUCUAUUUUCUUGCAAAUACGCACAAUUUAACAGGUAUGUGUAGCUAUAAUGAUCUCAUAAUAUACACACAGUACAUAUAUUGAACUUAACAAAUUUCGAGAUUGCCAUGAAUUAACAAACGACCAAACCUGCUGCCAAAUUUAACAGCUAGAAAAUCGACCUAUUAUUUCUCCCAUUCCCAUUCACUGAGGGGAUCACGGAUUGUUAAAUGUAAACCUAUAACGUAUAUCAAAAUACAUGAAAGUUGUCCUGUUUUUUCUGUACAAAAGCAUCAUGUUGGAAUCAAAGAGUGGUCUUGUUUAUAAUACAGUCGAAUUUUUACGAUUUUAUUCAACAUUUUAAUAGAAAUCACUGAUAUUCUGACACCUUUGACAGCUUCCGUUAAAUUGCAUUUCGAUAAGGUAUUUUCCUAUUGGUCCAUAAUAAUAAUGUUGGUGAAAUCGGCCCUAAGUCUAGCGAAUCAAAUCACCCAAAACCUUGAGGAAAAAAUUCCAUCUAUUUGUGUAUUUGUCGAUCUGAAAAAGGCAUUCGGUACAGUUAAUCACAGUUUACUGUUAAAUAUUUAAGACAAAUUAGGUUUUCGUGGGAAAAUAUAUCCUUUGAUGCAAAGUUAUUUAUCAAAAAGGCCCCAAGUAGUGAAACUAUCAAAAUCAUCCAGUAAGGAAAUGUGUAUCAAAUGGGUUGUACAUCAGGGUACAAUGUUAUGCUCUCUUUUAUUUAACAUCUAUUUGAAUGAUAUAUUCAAAAUUAACUGUGUAGGUAAAAUAGUUUUGCUGAUGAUACGGCAAUACCAUAUAAAGGAAAAGACUGGUAUGACGUAAAGAUAAUUGAGAACGACUUUGAUAAAAACAUUAAUCAUUUCUCUAGAAAAUUAACCGAGAACUUUGAAAUAACGCAUUUUCUACACUUCACAUCAUCUGCAAGACAACUACCCGAUUAUUCAAAUCUUUCCUUCAAUAUAAACACAAAUAAAUUCACAGAGUGGACAAUAUCAAAUAUUUAGGAUUUUUUAGAGCAACAUUUUAGGUGGGACGUUCAUGCAGCUUAGAUUUGUUGCAUACAAAAUUCCUCACAGGCAUAAAAUUAUAUGCAUACUAUAUACAGGGUGACUUUGAAGUUGAGUCAUUAAUUUUCAGAUAAUGAUUGUAGAAGGAAGAUAAACCAAAAUAUGUGUGUAAAAAUAAAAAAAAAAAAAAUGUUACCUUGUUUUAUAAGGUAUCCUCCCGACAAGUAUUUCAGUGCGGACCUGUAUUUGAUCGUGCGGUCUUGGAGCACCGGCAUGCGCUCCCCUGUGAGGUCUUAAGUCACCUGAUUCACGAGCCCUUUGUUCUACAUUAACAAAGGCAGGGGUUGGUUGCACUCGAUUGGGAAACCAAUCCGCAUAAAUUCGUCAUGCCGCGGCAGCAGUUUGUAAUGACUCCUCCCCCCGUAAAUAAGAAUCAUGUUCACAAGUUCAGCAUUUUCGUAAACAUGUGCCAUUUUUUAUUUCGUUUGAGCCACGCAACAAACACAACUAUUCACUCACGCGUUACCGACUGACACAUUGACUGAAUACGAGUGAAUAAAAUUGAGUAAAAACAUCGUGAUAAAUGUUACCGAUAAGGCGAAUUAUAUCCGUUGUUGCCAAACACGAGCACAUAAUAUUAUUAUUGAGACAGGGCGGCACUAAAACAUCUAAAGGGCUAUAACUUUGUUACUUUAAUUUUACCAGAAAAAUGUUAUAGGAAAAAAACAUUUCUUUUGAUCAGAUCUACUCACUGUUAAAAUAAAUGACUCAACUUCGAAGUCACCCUGUAUAUCAUGCCUGAAUUGAGCCGCACCUAAUGUAUUUAAACGACAUAGAAGUUUUACCGGGAACUGUUUUAAAAACAUUCAUUUACCAAACUUGUAUGCAUCAACUUUCCACACGGGAACGAUGUCUAUACGUUGCUGUAUAG